UCCGACUCCAGGGAGUGGGCGGGGACUCUGACAAUGAAUGUGCUGAGGACACAUGUUUACAAUGAUGGGGGAGAGAGGAAGAAUGGAGCUGCUCGGGACCGCUGGACACUAUGGCGCCUCUGUUGAACAGCCUGACUGUCAAGUAAGCUAAUGAAAGGACACCAAAGGGAGACAUGCCAAGAAGAUACUAAAUGAGUUGUCACACCAGCUGAUAGCUUUUGUUUCUCUGUUCUGUACUGAGAACAAUACAUCUCCCUGUUCCCUGACAAACUGAAAACAAAGGGGGACAAGUCAUCACAGGACAAACUCAAAUCCACCUCUCAGGGAUGACCAGUGCUCGGCUGCUGCAAGCCUCCCCAGAACAGUCUGUGUUUGCUGCCCAGCCUCCCCACAGAAUGGCAUCCACCGUGUCCGCCGUACCCCGUGGUGUGUUCGGCCCCUCGCCGCCUCCUCCAGCUGUCUGGCCACCUCUGGACUUCGCCCUGGGUGCUCUCGCCUGCUGUGCCGCCUGUGUGUUCACCAAUCCCCUGGAGGUUGUAAAGACCCGCCUGCAGCUCCAGGGAGAGCUGCGCGCGAGGGGAUCCUACCAGAGACACUACCGAGGAGUCUUGCAGGCUCUCUGUGUGGUGGGCCGCACGGACGGGCUCCGGGGCCUGCAGAAGGGGCUCUCAGUCGGGCUGAUCUACCAAGGUGUGAUGAAUGGAGUGAGGCUGGGGUCCUACUCCUACUGUGAAGCUCUGGGUAUCACCUCGUUCCACGGGGGGAGUCUGCUGUCAGGGGCAGCGGCUGGGGCACUGGGUGCCUUCAUUGCCUCUCCUGCCUACCUGGUGAAGACACAUCUGCAGGCUCAAACAGUGGAAGCCAUAGCAGUAGGCCACCAGCACAACCAUCUGGGAAUGUCUGAUGCCUUUGUUAGCAUCUAUAGAAGAGAGGGUUUAACUGGCCUUUGGAGGGGAGUGAACGGGGCCGUGCCUCGAGUCAUGGUCGGAUCAGCUGCUCAGCUGGCAACCUUCACCUCGGCCAAGAACUGGGUGUCACAGUCACAGUUGUUUAGUCCAAACAGCUGGCUCACGGCCUUGAUAGCAGCCAUGAUCAGUGGAGUGGCUGUGGCGUUCACCAUGACACCGUUUGAUGUCAUCAGUACACGUCUCUACAACCAGCCGGUGGAUGAAUCUCGUAGAGGACGCCUGUACCAUGGAUUUUCAGAUUGUAUGCUGAAGGUGUGCCAAGCUGAGGGCCUGCUGGGGUUGUACAAAGGCAUGGGCCCUGUCUUCCUGCGUUUGGCCCCGCACACAGUGCUCAGCAUGCUGUUCUGGGAUCUGAUGAGGCAACAGACAGUGAAGGACAAACAGAGCCAGGGACGGAGCUGAAGCACUCCAAACGCCUGAGUUUGACUGACCGGACUACAUUAAGCUACAUAAGCGGUCCAUCUGUUGAUAAAACACUGAGUUUAAAGCAA